CUGAGGCUGGGAGCGCUAGUUGGCGGAGGCGAAGUCGGAGGCGAAGGAUAACGAUGAAUGGACCCUGGCACAUCGACAGUCGCGAGCGGGUUCUCAAGUUAGGCGAGACUUUUGAGAAGAAGCCGCGCUGCGCCUUCCACACUGUGCGCUAUGACUUCAAACCUGCUUCUGUUGAUACUUCUUGUGAAGGAGAGCUUGAGGUCGGCAAAGGUGAACAGGUGACAAUAACUCUGCCAAAUAUAGAAGGAUCAACUCCACCAGUAACUGUUUUCAAAGGUUCAAAGAAACCUUACUUAAAAGAAUGCAUUUUGAUUAUUAACCAUGAUACUGGAGAAUGUCGACUAGAAAAACUCAGCAGCAACAUCACUGUAAAAAAAACAAGAGUUGAAGGAAGCAGUAAAGUUCAGCCUCGUGUAGAGCAACAGCAGCAACAAAUGCGGAAUUUAACUAGGACUCCUAAUUUUGUAAAACAGUCUCCAUCCGAAGACAAAAUGUCCCCAACAUCUCCAAUGGAUGAUAUUGAAAGAGUUGUGAUGAUUCAAAUUCAGUUCUUCACAGCAUCUUCCUGUCGAAGUUCUUUAUGUAUAGCCAAACUAUAGAUGUCUAAGAUGUCACCCAACCAAUAGUAAAGUGAGGAGAUAGUAAGCGGAAGCAGCAGGCAAGUUCUUCUCAAUUGCUGCUCACUUCUCAGCAGGAAGGUGUUUCUAGGGAGACACAGUCGUU